CCGCCGAAGCGGAGCAGCGUGUCAACACCAUGGCCGGUCCGUCGUGGCUAUGUCGCAAAACAACCAAAGUCCACCGACGGCGGGACCCGUCGACAGCCAACCCUCGAUCACUCAAGCGUCGCCAUCGCAGACAUCCCUUCCCUCUGCCCCCACCAAGAUUCCCGCAACACCUUCCACCUCACUUGCUAGCCCCCUUCUCGCGACGAGAGCUGCCUUGAAGCUUCAGUGCCGACGGAGGAGACAGCCUAGAACCGCGUCACGCCCGCAAAUGGGCGGUUUGCGCUCCAGCCAGUCCCCAAGACUUUAGGAAACGGGUUUGCCAGCGGCUAUCCGUCCACAGUCCACAGCGAGGCCUGCCACGUUCGCG